AUGAAGGCCCACUUGCAUCCCGCGUUCGUGCCGCUGCCUGCGUCAAACCCCACACGCUAUCCUGCUGUCAGCUUCAUGACCGGCAUAGACCUCGAGUGUCUGACCACACUGGAAGCAAGAAUGUUGAAGAAGCAGGACCUGCAGGCAACAAUACUUGAUCUGGGGGUCAACAUAGGAACACUUGCACUGGCGCGUCAGUAUCGAGAAAAUGGCCACCGGCUGAUAACUUGUGGCACUGGCGCGUCUGUGGCAAUGCCGCGUCACAUGCGCGUCACGACCGCGCGUCCCCUAUUGUCAGACCUUCUUCUCCGCACCUGGGAUAGCGAAUGUACUUACAUGGUCGUUGGACGGCAGAAUUGGCUUUAUGCGGAGGGACAAGGCAACCUGCCCCAGUAUGGCCAUAAUAGAAGGAAGACAGUCGUUGCUUCUAUGUGGAACAUGCGGACCAACGAUAUUCUUCGCAUAGACCUUAUGCUGACGGACCGGGAAGAUCCGACCCAUCUACUACCUGCCACAAUCCGAGCAAACCAAACCUGGUGCAACGUAGGUGUCGGGACAUAUAAGCCUGGCCAAGCUCCUUGGGGAAAAUGGUUCAAGAUAUGGGUCAUUAACAGUGAAUCCACUCCCCUCAGCUGCUGGUCCUUCAAUCGAAGACUCAGUUUUCCAAUAGUAAGUGCCCUUGGAUCGGCCGUGAAGGAGACAGCGACUGACUACGUUGUAUCGUCAGCUGGUGCCUUCGCAAUUCUCGUAAAGUGGACCUGGUCUAGGCCAUGGGAUAUAACUCGUGUCAUCUUCGCCAUAUCUCGAUAUCUGCCUUUCAUAGGUUCUGGAUUGACUGUAUAUGAUGCACUAAGUAUCAGCGGGCCGCCAGCCCUCAGUCAGGCAGAAAACAUAUCGUUGCUGCAGAAGGUGACGGUAAUCGCUGCUAUUUCCAUAAACGUCCUUCGAAAUCAACAGUUGAUAGCAGCCAUCACAGUCACCAAUGUGAUUAUUGACGCAGUAUUUCCGGUUGGCUAUACAAACAUGUUUGAUACGCUACAAGUUGUCAUUCACAGCGUCCUAGGCUCACGAAUUAUGUUCCACCUUCGGAGUAGUCACGACCAGGUCUACGAGAUGCACAGCAUCAUCAACAUUAAUAAUGUCAGAAGCUAUACAAUACGGCACUAUGCGACCCAGAACUGGUGAAUUUCACCGGUACCAUCACCCGUCAGUCUAGUCAGAGUCACCACAUUACAUGUUGAACAUCACUGGGGAUUGGUAAUAACAACCCACCCCACAGGUGAUCCUUCACAAAUGCAGACGAACGAC